AGGGGCGGGGCCAUGCAAAUGAGGCCGGCGCUGGUUGGCUGGCGGCGCGAUGGUAGUGAGGGAGCCGCGCGGCGUGGCGCGAGUCAGUCGGAGCUCAGGGGGGGCUGCAGGUCCGCGAGCGGGAGCGCGAUGCUGCCCCAUGCCACUGGGGGCGCUGCUGCCCCGGAGAGUAACAUUCUGCCCUCCCCAGGGAAGGACAAAGACACCUUUGAUGCUGUGUAUCAGCUUGGGGGGCUGCUGGGGAAGGGCGGCUUCGGGACCGUCUAUGCUGGUCGGCUGGCUGAUGGACUGCAGGUCGCCAUCAAACACGUUGGGAAGAACAAAGUGACCCACUGGUCCAAGCUGCCCAACGGCCUCCGGGUGCCCCAGGAGGUGAUGCUGAUGAAGCGGGUGUGUGCCAGGGGCGGGCAUCGGGGCGUCAUCCGCCUGCUGGACUGGUACGAGACCCCCGAGGGGUUCCUCUUGGUGCUGGAGCGGCCCGAGCCCUGCCAGGAUCUCUUUGACUACGUGACGGAGCGGGGGCCCCUGGCCGAGGGCAGCCGGCGCUUCUUCCACCAGGUGCUGGAGGCCGUGGGUCACUGCCACGCCCGAGGGGUGGCGCAUCGGGACAUCAAGGACGAGAACAUCCUGGUGGAGCUGCACACCGGCCGCCUCCAGCUCAUCGACUUCGGCUCCGGCGCCCUCCUGAGGGACUCGGUCUGCACAGAGUUCGACGGCACCCGUGUGUACAGCCCCCCGGAGUGGGUCAGUCUGCAGCAGUACCACGUGUUGCCGGCCACCGUCUGGUCCCUGGGCAUCCUGCUCUAUGACAUGGCCUGCGGUGACGUCCCCUUCCCGGACGAGGAGAUCCUGGCCGCGCAGCUCCACUUCCCGAGCCCCUGCUGCCAGGAUGUGAUCCGAUGGUGCCUGUCCCCGGAGCCUGCAGACCGACCCACACUGAAGCAGCUUCUCCUGCACCCCUGGCUGCAGCCAGAUCCCCAGCUCCAACUGGAGGAGGAGCCACAGAACCCAGCACCCCCUAGGGGCACCGCUGGCAACAGCAGCUGCUGAAAGACUUGGAUUUACCCUGCAUCUCCCUGCCGGGAUGGGGACCACCCCAUGGGGAUCACUUCAGCCUAAGGCAGCUAGGCCUGUGGCCAGCUGAGAUCAGAGUUGACCUGGUUUUACAGGUGUCUAGACCUGGGGAUAGAACCCAGGAGUCCUGGCUCCCAGCCGCCCCCAACCACUAAACCCAACUCCCCUCCCAGAACUGGGGUCCUGUCUCCCAGUCCCUCCCUGCCUCCCUCCAGUUCUUCCCCUUCCCCUGCUAGAGGUUUGGAUUCUGGUCCCUCUCGAGGAUCAGCCAUGUCUCUGUAUGUGUAAAUACUUGUGUAUUGCCAGCCUCAGUACCAGCCCAUGAGGUGGGGAUGAGGUUUGGGGGGCUCUAGCCCCCUAUUUCCAGCCUGUCGUACGCGCCCCAAGGUGUGGCUUACUGGGCUGAGACUGAGGUACCUUAUCUAAGCUGCUUAACAGGCCCCGAUGCAGGGGACCCCGAUGCCAGCGUGAGAUUAAGACUAAUUCUGUACAGGAUUGAGAGGAAAAAGCUAUUUAAAUAAAAGAGGUUUUAUCUUUAUCCAG